UCGCGCCAUUGCAUUCGACUUACAGCUCGUCACACGCUCGGUUCGGUUUAGUUUUUCCAUUUAUUUUUUUAUAUUCUGUUUUAAAGUUUUCCGUUUUCGGUUAAACUCUUAGUUUUGGACUUUAAUUCGGGUGUUUAACUAUUUAUUUUUUUUGGUUUAUUUUUUUUGUGUAUUUUUUUUUGGCAAAAAAAAUAUAUAUAUAUUUUUCGCAUAAAACCAAAAAUUCAAGUGAAUGUUGUCGGUGCUGGUUGGUGGCUCGAAGGAGUGAUCGGAUCAAGGCGGUCUACCAGGCUCAUCAUCAUCAAUUUCGGCUUUAUUAUUAUCAUCAUCAGCGGAGGAGACCAUUAACGGGAUACUAGUCCACAAAAAAAAAAUAAAUAAAAACUAAAACUCAGAGUCAUGUUUCAACCUCAAUUACUCCUCUUAGUCCUGGCUCUGGCCAAUGUCCAGGCUGUCCUGACACCUCCUGGCUACGAUGAUGACCGCUCCCCACUGCCCCUGCGACUGGAGGACUUGGAAAGAGAACAGGAACAGCAGCAGCAUCAGUUGCACUUGCAGGACCUCAACCGACCGCCCCUCCUGCCGAAUCACUACGAAUGGCGACCGGAUGUGGCGGCCAGUCUGCCGCCCAGCUACGUUCAGGACGCCGCUCUGCGAGAGCGGGAGAGGGAGAGGGAGCGCCAGCUGGAGGAGCUGCGGCAGCUGCAGCGGCAGCAUCAGCAGCUAAGUGCCGGCUACGCCUUUCCCGCCCACCUGCCAGGGGUGCUUUACGUGGGUCCCACUGCCACGCCCACUGUUGCAACGCCUACGACUGCCACAAGUACUGUGGCGAAUCGAUUUCUGAAGCCAAUAGUGCCUUAUGAUCUGGAAUUUGGCUUAAAGAGUGUUCCAUAUGUGGCAAGUAAUGCUCUGCCCCUGCCAGUGCCACGCCCCCUGCCACCUCCGGGCAGCGGAAGGCCACCGUUUAUUUACGGUUUCACCCAGGGAAGACCCUCCAAAGUGCCGGCUGCCACUCCCCUGGUGGUGCAACAGUCCAAACAGUUCGCCUACGCCCCGGCCACGCCCCCGCAACGACACUACGCCAACGGACCCCGCAUACCCCUGCCCUAUCCCCCCAGUUUCGUCAGCAUUACGACCCGCCGGCCCGCCUCAUCCUUCCGUCCCUCACAGCCGGAUCCGACACCGGACUUGUUCGCCGGACGGAAUUCCAAGUCGCUACUGGACUCGUAUAUCCCGAGCUGGGAAGUGAUACGACUGACAAGGGAGCAGAGGGGAGAGACCGGAAGUGCGGGGGGUUUCCGGCCCAUCCAUCGACAGACUUUGGCGUAUCCGGCUCCGCCACAUCUGAGACUGUUCAAGAGGGACUCGAAGGACCCCUCGAAGGAUGCCCAGGAUGUCAACCGAACGAGAGUUGUGAAGAAAGCUCUGAGACCUUUGAACGAAAAUGUUUAGUUUUUUUACAUUUUUUAUUUUGUUUAGUUUAAUAUUUUUUUAUUUUAUUACGAAAUAUAUUAAAACGAAUAUUUAUU